AUGACCAAAGAGAUGCUUGCCAGCUAUGUAUCCAACGCCGAGGUCGAGGACAUUGGUAUUGAUAAGGACACGCUUGGCCAUAUUGCGGUGAUGGACUGCACCCAGUCCAAGAACAAGGCAGGUCUCCAGGUCAUCACGGCCUACCUACGCAAGGCUAAGAACGAAGUAGACAACUGUCGCUGCCUGGAAUUCACUGGCACCGUAUUACCCGAGGUGGGUUUUAAGAGCCGUCUACAGCUAUCUCUUCCAGUAGGAACACAGGUGUCUAUGCGUCACUACUCCAACAUUAUCGCUGCCCUGUUAACAUCUCAGCUGCGAGGACAGCCUGCACAUUUACCCCAACUGACCAACAGCAAGGGUGAGUUCUCGGCCUUUGUAGACUUUGACGGCAGCCCAUACGGUUCUACCAAGCUCAUCUCCAAUGGCGUGGAAGUACCAUUUGUGUCCCUUGACCAAGUUAAAGGGAGACGUGUGAGAGUCGCUAUUGAUGUCAAGGGGUUGCAAUGGGUUGUGCCGCGUGACUAUGACCCUACCAACCCUGCUGAUGUGCGUAUGUACGGUAACUUUAAGAUUGCCGUGACUAGUAUCGAGAUACUAGUGAAGAAAAGUCCUUCGAGUCUAGCAGCUGAAGCCCUUGGUGUAUUUUCCGAUGAGACAAUGUCGGAUAGCGAUGACGAAGAUGUAGAGGAUCCAGAGGACGACGACAUGGA